AUGGUGUACGACUGCAGCCCAACCCAGCUAACGCUGGCUCUGAUUCCCACCUUUGCGGGACUCCUGCACAGGCACCUGGCCUCAUCCGGAACAGAGAUGCUCCCCGGUGAGGCCCUCCGUGAUCUGGAGGUAAGGGUUCAGGCUUUGGCGAUAAUGACCAAAGACCAACUUAUGUGCCUGGCGGCGGAGCUGCUCCCCCCAGAUGGCGUCCGCACACUCAUGCAACACUUGAGCGUCCUACACGGAUACGGAGAGUGGGAAGAAAUUCGGCGCCGCAGACGGAGGGCACUGAUGGAGUUGAGCCUCACCUACUUGGCGGCGGCGCGCUCAGCACUUGCACACGAAACCUACAUCGGAGCCUACACGGCCCGGCUGCUGGUGGAGCCCUUCCGGACGCAAUAUCUGGAAUCAACAGAAGAAGUCCGCGGGAGAUUUUUCGCACAGGACAGAACUCUCAACUUAGCUGCUGCUGAGUGGGAAGUGCAAAGCAGCCGCCUACAGGCUCAGCAGGAGGACUGA